CUUCCUUAUCUUAGUCUCUAUGGUCAGAGCAGCGCGGCUUGUCUACCCCACUCUAAACCUCUACGGUUCAUGUCCUCUCUAUGGUUUCCCUUAGCGGACAGACAGGCAGCGCCGCUCUAUCCCCGGUGUGUGAGCUGUGAGGCCCCGGCAGGCGGCGCCGCGGACACCCUGUUUGGGGACCUGUCGUGUGUCAGCAGUUCCGGGUCCACGUCUCCGGUGGGGGAUGGAGCUGAGGACGGAGCCGAGGCUGUGAGGAGCCGGUAAGUCUCCGGAGGAUCUCCGCUUGCUGAUGGUGAAUUGGGGGAUGCUGAAAAAUCCAUCCUGACCCCUGUACUUCUCACAGCUGAGGGUCAUGAUUUGGCGGCCUUGAAGGCAGACGGUUUGUCGUUCCCGCGAUGUCUUGGUUCACUGAUCUGGCUGGUAGAGCGGAGGACCUCUUAAACUUAGUGGAUCAAGGAGCAGCAACUGCAUUAAGCAAGAGCAAAGAUGAACUCUCCGCAGCAGAGAGCCACACGGACUAUUACUCGGACAAACCACAAGAGAAGAGUCAAAGUUACACAAAGCCCAGCUUCAUCUCCUCAGCGGCUGAUAACAUAAAGCACCAGAAGGCCACGCUCUUAGCUGGCACGGCCAACGUUAAAACCACCACAAGGACGAGCGCAGAAGUGUCCCAUGGCUCCGCCUCCACCAGUGCUUCAUCUCACCGGACGUCCAGCCAGUUUGUGAGACGGAAGAAGUCCGAGCCGGAUGACGAACUGUUGUUUGAUUUCCUCAACAGCUCGGACAAGGCUCACAAUGGCGUCCUGGAAUCUAAGAGAGAGAGUAACAGGGAGGGCGCCCCCAACAGUCCGUCUGGUAGAAGCAACCCGCAAAGUGUCAAACCACCCGAAACCACAGCCCAGAAGAUCCAAGGUGAUGUCAACAAGUCACAGUCUGUACAAAGUGCCCAAAAGGACAAAGAACCGGACACAGAAGCAGCAGGACCAACCCCCGCUCCAGGCAAUCCUACUAAUGGAGAUCAGAAGUCCCAAGAACUUUCCAAUCUCCGAUUGGAGAAUCAGCUGCUGAGGAGCGAGGUCCAAUCACUGAACCAGGAGAUGGCAGGGUUAAUCCAGCGCUCCAAGGAAAUGCAGGAAGAGCUGAAUGAAGCCAGAGUGCGAAUAGAAAAGUGGAACGGGGAUAAUUCCAAAAGUGAUCGCACCACGAGAGAGCUCCGUGCUCGGGUAGAUGACCUGACAGAGGCCGUAGCUGCAAAAGAUUCGCAACUUGCAGUGCUUAAAGUUCGUCUACAAGAAGCUGACCAGUUACUGAGCAGCCGCACUGAGUCUCUAGAGAAGCUGCAGAACGAGAAGUCCAGGAUCCUGCAGGACCACAAUGAAGGCAGCAGCCUCCACAGCCAGGCACUACAGACAGUUCAGGAGAGGCUUCGGGAAGCAGAGGCUGCAACAAAAAGGGAACAAGAUGGUUUUAAACAGAUGCAGAGUGAAUUUGCGACUCGUCUGAGUAAGAUGGAGGCUGAGCGUCAGAGCCUGGCCGAGUCAGUCAUUGCUGCAGAAAAGAAGUAUAUGGAGGAGAAAAGGAGGGGCGACGAUCUGCAGCAGCAGCUCAAGGCUGCGAAAGCUGCAGCUGAGAAUGUGAAACUAGAAAUGGCGGAUUACAAACAAAAGGCAACGCGUAUCCUACAGUCCAAAGAAAAACUGAUUAACAGCCUGAAGGAGGGUUCUGGCAUUGAAGGAUUAGACAGUCAGAUGGCCAGCGGCAUGGAACUGGAGGAGAUGAGACAUGAGAGAGACCUGCAGAGGGAGGAGAUCCAAAGGCUCCUGGCGCAGAUACAACAACUGAAGACCGAGCUUCAGGAUCUGGAGACUCAGCAGGUGGGCGAAGCAGAGUCGGCCCGUGAGCAGCUCGAGGACCUUCAGGAGCAGAUCACAGACCAGAGGAGGGCAAAGCAGGAGCUGGAGGCAGAACUUGAGCGUCAGAAACAGGAAUUGCAGUAUACUCAGGAGGACCUGCACAGGACGAAGAAUACUUUACAAGGAAGGAUCAGGGACCGUGAGGAUGAAAUCCAAAAACUCAGGAAUCAGCUCACCAACAAAGCGUUAAGCAGCAGCAGUCAGAGCGAGCUGGAGAACAGGCUGCACCAGCUGACCGAGACCCUGAUCCAGAAGCAGACCAUGCUGGAGAGUCUGAGCACAGAGAAGAACUCGCUGGUCUAUCAGCUGGAAAGGCUUGAACAUCAGCUGAAGAGCGUGCAGGGGAGCAGUGUGAGCGGAUCUACCAUCAACAUGGCCGCUGUGGACAGCGGGGACGGAGCUCGUUCAAGAAAUGUUCCUGUACUAUUCGCUGAUGCAGAUAUGAAUGUUGCAGGAAUGUACGGAAGGGUCCGAAAAGCUGCUAGUACUAUCGACAAAUUUAGCAUCCGACUUGGCGUAUUUCUGCGACGAUAUCCCAUUGCCCGGGUAUUUAUUAUUAUUUAUAUGGCGCUUCUUCAUCUUUGGGUUAUGAUUGUUCUUCUUACGUACACCCCGGAAAUGCACCAUGACCACCCACCUGGGAAUUAGCGUCUGAUAUAAGAGCUGCGUCCAUGACAGGAGCACAGAUCUAUAUUUUCUCCAUAGUCUAGGUAACAUUACAGGUUCUUCUUCUAUAGCUGACCGAGACAUGAGCUGCUGGUGUGGGUGGGGGACACUGCGGGGGUCUCCUGAGUGAUGGGUCCAUGGUACGGUCUAUAGCAGGUGGACAUUUUGGGUUUCUUUCCUUUUUGCCGAAGCUUCCCCAGGUUUUUAUUUUUAUUACUUUUACUUCCUGCUGUUGCCAAUACCCAUGCAAACCAUACAGCCCCCUCUCUGCUGCUACCGGUCCGGAUCAUUCACACAAAUCAGUACUAAGAGAAAUGGCAGACGUUCUGCCGCCGCCGCGCGGAGGUGGUACAUUCUGUAUUUUAUCAUAUAGCAGGAUCAUCACAUGUAAAUGGAGAGAAGAUUCUUCCGUUUUGGUUCUUCUUUGCACUUGUAACAUUUUAAAUGUAAAUAAUCUUUAAUCUGUAUAAUAUGUGUGGGGCGACUAGUGCAAUCUUUUAGUAAAUAUAAUGAAAUAUUAAUAAAAUACCAAUGAUUUUUUUUUUCCUC